ACUAUGUAAUCCACUGCGCAAAAUGGAUCGUCAUGGGUUAAUUUGCUUCUAUGCAAGUGUUAUUAUUUACAUCUACAAGGUAGAAGCUGCAGCGGAACGACAUUAUGGAGCACGGAUAAUCGGUGGUCAAGAAGCAUUUGCUGGUCAGUUUCCUUUCGCUGCAGCUGUUCACGUUCAAACCACUGACAGUAAAUUUUUUUGUGGAGGAGCAUUGACUGGCAAUGAUUGGGUCAUCACGGCAGGUCAUUGCGUCUACAAUGGUGUCCUAUUUACUAUCCAACUUGGUUCAAACCAUCUGGAAUCGGAUGACUCUGGUCGUAUGACGAUAGCUACAUCUACGUACAUUUUGCAUCCCGAUUUUAAUCCAGACACCAUCGAAAAUGACAUUGGACUAAUUAAAUUUCGAAGGCCUAUUAACUAUACUAUUUAUUUGAACCCCGUUUUUCCACCGGAAUUUAGUUUACAAGACAAUGCACCGGUGUAUGUACUGGGUUGGGGACAAACUAGUGAUUCUGACCCAGAACUAAGCAACGAAUUAAGAUUUUUGUACAUUAGGACUAUCAGUAAUGCAGAAUGUCGAACCAUCUAUGGUAAUCAAAUUACUGACAACAUGGUUUGUGUUGCUGGAAAUUACAACGAAGGAACUUGCAUUGGUGACAAUGGAAGUCCACUAGUUCAAAGUUAUGGAAAAUACUAUGCUCUUGUUGGUGUUGCCAGUUUUGUUAGUGCGAAUGGUUGCGAAAGUGUAGAUCCUUCAGGUUAUACGAGAACAUAUCCUUACUUGGAAUGGAUACAAAAUAAUACACGACAGGAGGAAUAUGUUUAAAUAAUUUGUAUAAUACGUAGGAAUAAAGUCGGUCAAUUUCA